GCAGCGGCAGCAGCGAUGGGGCUCUGCUACAGCUUACGCCCGCGGCUCUUCGGCGACCCCGGCGCAGCGGCGGCGGCGGCAGCAGGAGGAGGCGGCGGCGGGGGCUCCAUCUCCAGCACCACCGCCGCCACCACCACCUCGGAGACGGAGCAACAGCCUUCGCCCAGCACCGAGUCCCUGGCUCGGCCGCCACAGCCGGCAGCCCAGGCCGGAGGAGGAAGAGGAAGAAGCGCGGGCAGCAGAGGCAGCGGCGGCAGCGGGGAACCUGAAGGCACCGGCGGGAAGCCGCGCCUGGGGGAGGCGGACGGGCCGCUGCUGCUCCUGCAGAACGGCGGGGGGAACGGGGCGGCUCCCGCGGAGCAGCAGCACCAGGGGUCGCAGGUGCCCCCUCAGGCCAAGGCCGCCUCGGGCACGGCAGCCGCCAAGCCCCAGUCCCUGGCGCUGCAACGACACUGGGAGAAGCAGCGCCUGGAGGAGCGCGAGGCGGAGAAGGAGGCGCGCAAAGUCAGCAAGAGCAUCGACCGGGCGCUCAAGCAGCAGAAGCGCGAAUACAAGCAGACGCACCGCCUCCUGCUGCUGGGGGCUGGUGAGUCAGGGAAAAGCACUAUUGUCAAGCAGAUGAGGAUCUUGCAUGUAAAUGGAUUUAAUUCAGAAGAAAAGAAACAGAAAAUUUUGGAUAUUCGGAAAAAUGUUAAAGAUGCAAUUGUGACUAUAGUUUCAGCAAUGAGCACCUUAAUACCUCCUGUUCCGUUGGCCAAUCAAGAAAAUCAAUUCAGAGCAGAUUACAUUAAGAGUAUAGCCCCACUUUCUGACUUUGACUACACCCAGGAAUUCUUUGAACAUGCAAAAAAGCUCUGGGACGACGAAGGAGUAAAAGCGUGCUUCGAGAGGUCAAAUGAAUACCAGUUGAUUGAUUGUGCACAAUAUUUUCUAGAAAGAAUAGACAGUGUCAGCUUGCCAGAUUAUACACCCACAGAUCAGGACCUCUUGAGAUGCAGGGUUCUGACAUCAGGGAUUUUUGAAACAAGAUUUCAAGUAGAUAAAGUAAACUUUCACAUGUUUGAUGUCGGUGGUCAGAGGGAUGAAAGAAGAAAAUGGAUCCAAUGUUUUAAUGAUGUUACAGCUAUUAUCUUUGUCGUGGCCUGUAGCAGCUACAACAUGGUCAUAAGGGAAGACAAUAACACAAACAGACUACGGGAGUCUUUGGACCUUUUCAAAAGUAUUUGGAACAACAGGUGGUUACGGACAAUAUCUAUCAUUUUGUUUCUGAACAAACAAGAUAUGCUGGCUGAAAAGGUCUUGGCAGGGAAAUCUAAAAUUGAAGAUUAUUUUCCAGAAUUUACACGUUACACUGUACCUGAAGAUGCAACACCAGAUGCAGGAGAAGAUCCCAAAGUUACUAGAGCAAAGUUUUUCAUCCGGGAUGAAUUUUUAAGAAUAAGCACUGCAACUGGAGAUGGAAAGCAUUACUGCUACCCACAUUUUACAUGUGCAGUGGACACAGAAAACAUCCGCAGAGUGUUCAACGACUGUAGAGACAUCAUUCAGAGAAUGCAUCUUCGCCAGUAUGAACUGUUGUAACUGAGGAUACCAUAGAGCCUGUGGUUUUAAGCAGCUUCUUUCUUUCUAAACUUCCUAACAAAAAGUUGAGGAAGUUGCAGUCUAGAUAUGUCUGCAGCCUCAGUUUGUUUACUUCGGUUAGCCUUUUGGCUAGUUUGCCACAUCCCCCCACACACACCUUGUUUAUACCCUUCCAGACAAUAUAAUGUGCUUAAUUUUGAUAUGCCACUACUUUGUCAUUCCACUAUGCCAGUUGGCUACCUCUGUUUCAUUAAGGUUUGGUUGCAUUUGGGGUGGGGGUUUCUUUAAUUGGACACAACCUGCUUAUUUUUUCCCUAGCAGGUUUGCUAGUUCAAGCUGGUAUCUGCUAGUUGAUUGAUACCAUGACAUACCUAUAGUGUGCGCAGGUCCCUUUUUCAACAUGACACUUGAAGAGUACUUGAUGGAUAUAGGGGGAGGGGGUGGAAUAAUUUGCACUUUUUAUCAGGAUUAUGGAGGAUGUAUACAUGCAUGAUGUAGCAGCACCACAAUAUUUAUAACAGUCAGUUUUUAACACAACUGAGCUGCAGGUCCACUGACCUCUUCUAAGCCAUUAUUGGCACAGGAGAUAGAAUAGAAAAUGAGACACAGGAAAGAUAAGUUGGGGAAGGUUUGGAGUAAGAGUCUCUACGCACCUCAGGCAUUUGAAUUUAGAGCUACUUUUUCAGCCUAUUGCAUCUAGGCAGAAAAUCCACCACCUUCAUUUAUGUUGUUUGUUCUGUCCAAAAAUGAUCCAACUAGUUUAGAUCAUUUUUGGACAACAGUCUUCUCCCUAUAUAUAAUAUAUAUACAUAUAUAUAUACAUAUUAUUUUUGUUUUACUGCUGGUUUAUUAUAUUGUACAGACUGUAAAGUGUAAUAUUAUUUUGUACAAUUUUAUUGAAGAAAAAUACUUGUAGAAGAUCUUUGUGCCUUGAUUAUGGCUGUACCUGUAAAUUGAGCUAAGAUGUAAGUAUGUUUUUGAUUGCGCUGUACAGCUUGAUGUCAACUUUACCUGCAGCAGUGGCUGGAGGUAAGAAACUACUCUGUAGAGUUUAGGGGGGUUUUCUGGUUUAUAUAAAAUGCUCUUUAGUAUAAAAAAUUAUAAAUUAUGCAAAUUUUAGUCAUUACCUUUCCAAGUAAGUUAUCGCCACCAGAUGUUGCAGCAACAUGCCUUUCUCUCAGUCUCAGCUUUAAAACACUGAAAUUGAUUCAAGUGUCCAAAUUGCAACCUGGUGUUCUCAUGGGAACCAAGGGUUUUGUUUUUACUUUUAGAAAAGUAUGUUGGGUAAUUCUUUGGUCAUUCAGAGAUGUUUCACAAUUGCAGAGGCAGAUUGUGAAUGUAUAAAAGCACCAUUAGAUAAAGGCUCUUAUAUCUUUGUUGCAACAGCUGCUUUCAUUCUGCUAGCAAAUUGCAAGAAAGAAGAGAAGCUGUAACCCUUGUGUCUGGCCUAAGAGAAUUACAAGAUGACGUUUUUAUUUCUCUUAAUAAAGAGACCUUAGAAAAUGGUUUAUUUUAAA